UUUCUCAAGGCACCUUCUCUGUGAGAGGGGGUUACAGUCUCUACAGAACAGAAAGAGAAAAAAUACUGAAUAAUUAUGAUCAACUGCCCAGGAAAGGGGUAAAGGCAGAUGAAGUCCUCCAAAAGUUUCUACAGUCACUUGCAAUGACAGAAGAAUCCAUCCUGCAGACAGAUCAAGCUCUCACUGACCAAGAGAAGGCUUUGGAAGUUGAACAAGUUAAAAGAGAAGCAGCUGAAAAGGAGAAGGCGUUAUUGGAACAGCAACAGAAGGAAAUGGUGCAGAAUAUGGAAGCUCAGCAGAGAACUUAUGAGGAAAAUAUAAAGCAAUUGAAAAUCAAGAUGGAGGAAGAGAGGAAACAGAUCCUGGAAGAACAGGAAAUGAUGCUGGAACAUAAGCUAAAGGUACAUGGCUCAGCUUAGGAAGUAACAACAGCACUAUGGAGGGAAAGGAAUGGG